AUGCCACUAGUGGAUAUCAAAUCGCAGGACCAAUUCACCGAGCUUACCACGGAAAACUCAGCCGGAAAGCUCAUAACACUGUAUUUCCACACAUCAUGGGCUGAACCCUGCAAGACAAUGAGUGCUGUGGUGAGUGCGUUGAGUGAAGAACCGGUCAACCAGGAAGUUUUGUUUCUGAGCGUGAACGCUGACGACAACGCCGAAAUCGCUGAGCUGUUCGAAGUGACAUCGGUGCCCUAUUUCGUACUGAUCAGAAACGGUACCAUUCUACACGAGCUCUCUGGAGCUGACCCUAAGGAGUUUGUAAAGGUUUUGAGCAGGUUCAACGGUAGUCUGGCUUCGAAACCAGAGUCUUCAGCAGGCCAGGGUGCUCCAGCAGGCGCUACAGCAGGCGCUACAGCAGACGCAGACGAAGAAGAGGAAGAAGAAGCCGACGAAGAAGCAGAAAGUGAAGAAGAACUAAUAGAGAGACUCAAAAAGUUGACCCAGGCUGCCCCAGUUAUGCUAUUCAUGAAGGGCACGCCGUCAGAGCCCAAGUGCGGCUUUUCAAGACAGAUGGUGGGCAUCCUCAGGGAGUACCAGGUGAGAUUUGGGUUUUUCGAUAUAUUGAAAGACGACUCUGUAAGACAGGGUCUGAAGAAGUUUUCAGAUUGGCCGACUUUCCCACAGCUGUACAUUAGCGGCGAGUUCCAGGGUGGCCUGGAUAUCAUCAAAGAGUCGCUCGAAGAAGAUUCGGAAUUCUUCCAGAAUGCAAUGAAUGCCUGA